AUGGAGACCGCGCCCGGGAGCGCCCCGUCCUCCUCCUCCCCCUCCUCCUCCUCCGCCGCCGCGGCAGCAGCGUUGCGGCUGGCGCUGGCGGCUCCGGGGCUGCCCGACGGUCCCUUCGGCUGUCCCAUCUGCCUCGAUCUCCUGAAGGACCCGGUGACGGUACCGUGCGGGCACAACUUCUGCCAGGGCUGCCUGGGGGCGCUCCGUCAGCGGACGGGCCCCCCCGACGGCAGCGGCGGAGCGGGCGGGGCCGCCCGUUGCCCGCUGUGCCAGGAGCCCGUCCCCGCAGCCUUGAGGCUCCGCAAGAACCGCGCCCUCUGCGAGGUGCUGCCGCUGCUGGCGGCCGCUGCCGCCGCCGGGACAGCCCCUGCGUCCCCCGCAUCCCCUACGGCCCCUCCAUCUCCCCCAUCCCCAGCCGUCGGGUCCUCCAUGGCACCAGGAGCCGAGGAGGAAGAUGCGGCGGGGGAGGAAGGAGCGGCGGUGCUGUGCGACGUGUGCCCGGCGGGGUCGCGGGUGGCUGCGGUGCGAUCGUGCCUGGUCUGCUUGGCCUCUUUCUGCGGUGCCCAUCUGGAGCCCCACCGCCGGGCCCCAGCCUUCCGCGCCCACCGCCUGGUAGCGCCGCUGCGGCGGCUGGAGGAGGGGCUGUGCCCCCGCCACCUCCAGCCCCUCGACGGCUUCUGCCGCACCGAGCAGACCUGCGUCUGUGCCCGCUGCCGCGCCCACGAGCAUAGCGCCCACGACGUGGUGCCCCUCGAGAAGGAGCGGGAGCACAAGGAGGCCCAACAAGCCAAAUUCCUCAGCGAUGUGGACAACGAGCUGGAGGAGCUGGCAGUCACCAUUGCACAGGCCAAGAAGAUGGUGGAGCUCAUUAAGAGUGCUGCCACGAAGGAGAAGGAAAAAGUUGAGAAGCUGUUUGCAGAAGCCUAUGAGGUCCUGGCAACUUUCCAGAAGGAGGUGGCUGGUUUCAUCGAGGAUGGGGAGCGCUCCAUGCUGGGGGAGGCUGAGGCCAAUCUCCACUGGAAGGAGGAGAGACGAACCAAGCUGGACCAGUGCAAGCAAAACCUGGAGAAUGUCCCCAGCACCGACACCAUCUACUUCCUCCAGGAAUUUCAGGCCUUAAAAGUAGCCAUGGAAGAAAAGCUCUGCCCGGCUCUGAGCUUCCAGAACGAGCUGAACUUCACCAAAUGCACCAAAGCCGUGGGCGCGGUGAAGGACGUGCUGUCUGCUGCCUGCAAAAACCAGUGGGACCUCUUGCAGGGGAAAGGAGUUGAUGGGCUGAGUUUCCCAGAGACAGAGAAAGCGCUGUCCAAGUCCCCAUCUCCAGACAAGUCAAACAACCCUGCCUGCCUGGAGAGCCGCGAUUACUUCCUGAAAUUCGCCUUCAUCAUUGACCUGGACAGUGACACGGCUGACAAGUUCAUCCAGCUGUUUGGCACCAAAGGGGCCAAGCGGGUGCUGAGCCCCAUCCCCUACCCGGAGAGCCCGACCCGAUUCAUCAACUGUGAGCAGGUGCUGGGGGUGAACCUCAUGAACCGAGGCAACUACUACUGGGAGGUGGAGCUCAUCGACGGCUGGGUCAGCAUCGGUGUCAUCGCUGAGGACUUUAACCCCAGGGAGUCCUACAACCAGGGGCGCCUGGGGCGGAACACCAAGUCCUGCUGCCUGCAGUGGAAUGGCCAGAACUACGUGGCCUGGUUUGGUGACUUCAAGUCUGUCAUCCAGCAGCCGUUUUUCCACACGAUUGGGGUCUUCCUGGAGUACUCUGAGAAGGCCCUGACCUUCUACGGAGUCAAGGACUCCAAGAUGACCUGCUUGCAGCAGCUCAAGGUCUCCCCUUUUGCCAAGGGUCAGUUUGACCUUUUCCAGAACAUAAUCAACCAACACUUUGCCUCUCUUUUCUCGAGCAAGCUGAAACCAGCCUUCUUCCUGGAGAGCGUCGAUGCCCACCUGCAGAUCGGGCCACUGAAGAAAGAUUGUGUCUCGGUGCUAAAGCGUAGGUAACC